AAAUGUAAACAUUUGCCAGCUCACUAGCGCUAUCUAUGUGAGUGCCCGGCCCAAAUGCAUUGAACGAACUUUACCCUUUAUGUUUUUUAAAAAACAAAAACAGACUGAUUUUGAGUGAUAUCGUUUUAUUGAUGGUGUAUUUUGGGCGUUCCAUGUUCACUUUGAUAUCGUCUUCAUACAUUGAAUUGAGGUAAGUGUAACUAGUCUAUGUUCCCGUCGUCGUGAAGAAUCGAGUUUGUCAAAAUGGACACUAAUCCGACGGAACUACGUUCACUGGCCGCGAAAUCUGCAUGUAUACAAUUGCUGUACGAUUGGACCAGCUGCGAAACAUCAGCAAACGAUACUUGGAAAAAGGAAAAAGACUACGGUACAUGCCCGGAUCACGAAUGGUUUCUUUGGCAACUGAACGAAAUGCAGCUACCCGGCAGCCCAGUGAUCCCGAAUGUAGUUCUUGAUCAAAUCGAAUACCAUAUGACGAAUAAGAUUUUGAAGCAGGUUACCAAAUGGAUCUGUUACCAUCAUGGUAAAAAUUUCUUCCACGAUGUACCGGCGUCUCCUUUGAAACAAUACCUGCUCAAACUGAUUUGGAAACCAAAUUAUAAGAUCGACUACGCAGCUACUGCCAAAAACGUGUUGGCUGGCUCGAAUUUUAACACCAUGGAGAAGUACAGAUUCGCUUGCACGUAUUGUUUCCCGGAGGAUGUGUGGAAUUUGAGAGAUAUGGCGCCAGUAGCGAUAGGUUGGUGUUUCGAAAAAGAGCCUUUUCUGGUAUAUUGGAAUAAAUGCUUGGCCAAUCAGUUGCAUACGAUACCAGUACCGGCGAACGAUUCAAUCGACGAGGUCAUGUUUGCUAAAGCUCUGAAAGAAUACGAUCUUUGGCAGCCCGUAAAGUACUUUUUUGGAAAAUUGAACUCCGGCGCUAGAUUAUCGCAGUGUAACAACGUUUUCUGGCACAAACGUGGAAAAUAUCAAAAAGAACUACUGGCUCUGCUGAGUGAUGAAUGUGAAAAGAUUUCUGUGUACCGGGCUAAUAUGGAGGAAAUCAUUUGGAAUUACGAAACGCUGGAUGAUUUCGAAGGUAUUCGACAGAUUUGCACCGAAUUGAAGGACAAGUUGAGUUUCAAGGAUUUCGCUCUAAUUAUCAAAGGAUUGGCCAGGUGGACGAUGUAUUAUUCUACUCAUGAGAAAUUCAAUGCACUGACACCGUUACUAAUGGAAAUUUGGAACGAUGCCAGCGACGAGGAUAAACGCCAAUUAGCUUCAACUGGCUUGCAAUCGCAUUUCCCCCUUAAAUCGUACGAAAUGAUUAUGGACGAAGGGACCUAUCAUUUCGACGAUAGACACCGAUACCGCAAUCCUUUGGUGUUCAUUCGUGCCUUGGCCGAAGCGUACGAACCGCGAAAUUUCCUCAAGGAGAAUUUUUUUUGGCUGGUACUCUGGCAGCCGUUCGCUUCUGUCGUUGGAUUAAUCGACGAAUUUCAAUUCAAUGCCGAAGAUGUCGAGGAAUUGAAAUGGUAUACUCGACGUCGACGAUCUCGUCGAAUGGACUACGCUUGUACGGCAUAUUUGGCGAGUGGCGAGUUCGAUGAAUUUAGCAGUUUUGUAUCGUUUUGUUACUCUGAUGAUAACGCAGGCAGAAUCGCGUAUCAAAGAUACCUAUUAAUGGAUCGUUUGGACGAGUUCAGUAAUGCGCUGUGGCGAUGGCGCGUCGAUUGGAGGAUAGCUUACGAGUUCGUCAACAACGUGUUUCGCGAAACCGACGACGAAUUCGCGUCUUCCUACACUACCCUACUGAUGCAAUACGCUUUAAAGAGGAAAAUGCACUUUCUGAUGGAAAGGAUGCAUGGAGAAGAAGCAAACAGCAUCGUGGAAUGUGUUGAAACUUUCGUGCCACACCACGACAAUUUAUCUCGAGCAAAGAAGACUUGCAUUGGCUCACUUUUCAAAUACCUUCACAAUGGUUUUUAUCCCAUUUUUAAUGAGACUCUGGUCGAAAAACUGCUAAUUUGGUGCUACGGAACUGAGACGGGUGUUGCUCGAUUUAAAAAGAAAAUCAACGUUUCGAAAAUUUUCGUUGCUCAGUUGGAUAGCUGCGUCGAAGAUGACACUUUCAAAGCGACUGAUUCUAUGGAGGGAUUUUUGCACUGGUAUUACCCCCUCGAAAGUGAAAGGAAAGCUUUCAAAUUGAAAAUGAUUUACUCAUACGGUGAAUUUGAAAAGAUCGGGACGUUGCUAAAAGAGAGAAAGUAUCGUCGACGUAUGUUGAAUUGGUUUUUUGAAAACGACGCCUAUAAAAUAAAGGAAUUUAUCACUAAAAUAUACGUGUAGGUUUGUCAAAACGGUAUCGGUCGUCGAUGGUUGAAUUUUUGAAUUUCUUAUGUAUGUAUACCUAAUAUUGUAAUGAGUUGUUUAUUUGGACUAUAUGAAUGCGAUUCUAAAUCUAAGUAUUUUAAAUAUUUAUUUUAACUAAUUCAGUUAUCGUAAUAAAAUGUUGUGU